AUGGAUGCAGAGGGCCCGGUCCCGAGUAUCAUGGAAGAGUUCAAGAGAAUAGUUCACAGCAAAUGGCAGAAGGCAGAAGCAGAGCAGAGGAAAUCUCCAGCCCACAGGUUGACGUUGCCACUGCUCACCGAUGAGGACAAGAAGACGAAAGGGGAGAAGAACAAGCCAGUUGCAUUUAUGCUGAGUAAAAAAACACCCUUGCCUUCCGAGACAUCAUCAUCCCAAGAGAAAUACAGAAGUUUUACUCAGAGGAAAUUAGCGCUCAAGAAGGCUGAAUUAGCUAAAACCUUGGAAGAGAUCAAAAUUACCACGAAUCUGACCAAUCUGAAGAAAAAUGCUAUCGAGGAGCUGAAGCAGCGCAGUGCCCGCCUGGCAGAGACCAACUGCCGCCUGAUGAGGGACAUCCAGCACAUGGAUGACAGCACUGCCAAGCAAGCCAGGAGCCUGCUGCAGCAGUAUGAAGUAUUUCAGAGGGUGAAGGCAAUGGUGCAGACCUUCAAUCAGAACCAGCUGGAUACAGCAAGGGCAGAGCUCCAGGAAAUGGAAAAAACAAUGGAAAAGAAUCUGGGAAAGCUACAGCAGCAGCUGGAUGAAGUCACAUCAAAGGUACGGGUUCUCCAGGAGGAGCUCGGCGUCCUGCGGACCUGCAUCGACGGGCAGUAUCCGGAACAAGCUGUCCGGAUAGUCCUUCUGCAGCGCAGCAUCCAGAACCUGAAGAAGCAACAGCAGGAGGAGAUAGACAAGACAGAAGAAAUGGGGAAGGCCAUCUUGGAGGAACUGGAAGAGAAGGCACGGGCGGAACAAGAGGCACUAUUACAGAAAGUCAUGGAGGAGACGUUGCUGCACCAGGAUGGCCUGAAGCAGAUGGCGAUAAACAAUCACGUUCUGCGACGUGAAAUACUGAGGCAAAGGGAGAUUGUUAAGGACCUGGAGGAGGAGAUUGGUGAGCUGAAGAGAAGCAUCCAGACACUCCGCCAGAGCGCAAGAGACCCAAGAGAGCUGAUCUUUGCUGAUGUUGUUCUCCGCAGACCGAAGUGCACGCCGGAUACCGAGGUGGUCCUCAGCCUCCCCGCCGAGGAGACGCCGCUCAUCUGACGCUCGGCCAGGCUCCGCUCGCAAGCCCCUCGCACGGCGCGGCCGGCUUCGGAUGAGGUGCCGAGCUGCAAAGCUCCUCCUUUCCCGUCAGCGUUUCUCCAUCCCAGCCCCGCUCAGCCGCCUUGGGGACUCACUGAUGUGGUUUGACGGUGCAGUAAAGGUGUUAC